AUGGGGGAGGAUUUGUCUACUCCUGUCAUUGAAAGGAACUCCACCACAGCACUCACGAAGGGCGGCGUCGCUGGGGCCACAUCCUCCGCCAGCGCCGCCGGGAGCAGUGGAGGAGCGGCGGGGGGCAGUGCAGGGGGGGCGGGGGCUGCAGGGGGGGCUGGAGCGGCGGGGGGCAAGACCGACGAGGCGGCAGAUGGCAAAGAUGCAGCCUCACGCCCCUUGGUGCCUGUCAAUAAGAACCUCGGCAAUGUGAAGGCGGAACAUGGAGGAGGCGCGCAUCCAUCGAGUGAUGAAGUCUUUGAGGCCUCCCCGGACGGCAAGAAUUCGGACGGCAAUUACCCGGACGGCAAUUACCCGGACGGCAGCUCCAAGGCACGUGUGGGCAAGUCCCUGUCCUUGUCCUCGUGCUCACGGCGCCUCAGCACGCGCGUGAGGUCACUGUCUGUGGUCAGUGGCUCUUGCUCCCUCAGGUCGAAGGUCAGCUGCGGCCUGGCUGGUUUGACGGAGAUGAGCACCGGGGCCACGUGUGUGUAG